ACGGCUCCCGGGCUCGCUCCGCGGUUUGAAUUCGGCACAGAGGGAGCUGGAAGCGGUGCGACUUCCAAAUGUCUUAAAUAAAAUGUAGUUUCGACUCGCUUUAUAAUAUUAGCGGUUUUCUUUAAUUAACGUUUUCCACGGACCUGAAACGGAAUAAGAGCCGUGUUUUUUAAAUAUAUAUUAUUUAGCAAUAACUUUGCGAUCGGUAAGUUUAGCAGCAGGGUCUAAACUAGCAGGUGUGCUGUGUUGCUAAUCUGUUUAGCUUAGCGGGGCAACCAGCCGGGAGAAGUCUGAGGACAUCUGCGUGCACCUGAGCUCCUCGAAUCCGGUGGUGACACCAUGGCAGACAGCACGUUCGGGACGAUGCGUAGCCUGCUGGUGGACUCGUCCGUCUUUGACUCCAGGAUGGCGGAGUCCUCCAGGGAGCAGACGUUCUUCGGUUUGACCUCGGACGACGCAGAGGAAAUCCUGCGUCAAGUGAAGACCAGGGUUGUGCUUGUGAAGGAUGCGGGCGGAGACGCAGCACUUGAAAAGGCGAUUGAGGCCAUCCGAGUAAUGGAAGUCCCGGUGGUCAAGAUUAAAGAAGGUGACCCGAGCUCAGAGUCGGGCGAGAAAUUAAUAAAAUCUUUAGUCAACAUGGAUAUAAAUGUCCCCUGUAUAAAGACAGACAAUGUCAGAGAGUUUGGGGAUGGAGAAAACGCUGAGUACGAGACAGUCUUUGUACUGAAGGACUUCCAGUCUCCUGACUACAGCUAUUUAUACAAAAAUGACAACCGCAUUUUGGGCCCCCCAGUGGUACUGCAUUGUGCUGGAAAAGGAGAGCCGCUGCCCUUCUCGUCCCGCCCGCUGUACUCCACCACCAUGCUGAAUUUAUCCCUCUGUUUCACUGGAUUCCGCAAGAAAGAGGAAGUGGUAAACCUGGUUAACCUGGUGCAUCAUAUGGGCGGCACCAUCCGCAAGGACUUCAGUGCUAAAGUCACCCACCUCAUUGCCCACUCCACUCACGGCGAGAAAUACAGGUUGGCUGUAUGUAUGGGAACACCCAUUCUAACUCCUGACUGGAUUCAUAAGGCCUGGGAGCAGAAGGAUAACGUCAAUUUCCACGCGGGCGACGAGGAGUUCCGUAUGGCCUUCAAAGUGCCGCCGUUUCAGGACUGCGUUCUGAGCUUUUUGGGAUUCUCUGAGGAGGAGAAAAGCAAUAUGGAGGAAAGGACGCUGAAGCACGGUGGCCGCUUUCUGGAGGUCGGAGAUGAGAAAUGCACUCACCUGGUGGUGGAGGAGAACUCUAUCAAAGAGCUGCCCUUUGUGCCGUCCAAGAGGCUGUAUGUUGUAAAACAGGAGUGGUUUUGGGGCAGUAUCCAGAUGGAUGCUCGCGCUGGAGAAUCGAUGUAUUCGUAUGAGAAGUCGGACAGCCCAGUGAUGAAGAAGGCCGUGUCCCUGCUUUCUCUCACGACGCCCACCAGUAAUCGGAAACGGCGGCGUCUGCGUGACACUCUGGCCCAACUCACUAAGGAGACCGAGAUCUCGCCCUUCCCUCCUCGUAAGAGGCCCUCGGCCGAGCACUCGCUCUCCAUGGGCUCCCUGCUGGACAUCUCCAACACUCCAGACACGUGCAAGGGCUUGACAGGGCGUAGCGUGGAAGGCAGGCAUAGACAGAAGAAGGCUGCGAAGAGGAGGAGUGAGAGGGAGCAGGCGAGGAGGACGAGUAGGACGGGCAGAGAACGGCUCUUUCACUGUACCAGCACACCGCAGCAAGCCACAGAGCAGGACGCACACCCCGAACACGUACACUUGGAGCUUUCGUUCAACUCCUCCCAAGAGUCAGGAGGCGUGUGUGGGUCAUCAGAGAACUCCAGACCCUCCAGAAGCUCCACACCUGUCCUGGCCAAGCAGUCGGCAAGAUGGCAGGUGUCCAAGGAACUGUACCAGACUGAAAGCAACUACGUGGAUAUCCUGGCUACAGUUCUGCAGCUUUUCAAGUAUCCACUGGAGAAAGAAGGCCAGGUCGGAGGCCCCAUCCUGGCGCAAGAAGAGAUUAAAACCAUCUUUGGCAGCAUCCCCGACAUUUAUGAAGUGCACACCAGGAUAAAGGCGGACCUGGAAGAGUUGGUGAUGAACUGGUCGGAAUACAAGAGCGUCGGUGACAUCAUUCUGAAAUAUUCCGGCGAGCUGGUGAAAGCUUACCCGCCUUUUGUCAACUUCUUUGAGAUGAGCAAAGAAACAAUUGUAAAGUGUGAGAAGCAGAAGCCCAGGUUUCACGCAUUCCUGAAGAUCAAUCAGUCUAAACCGGAGUGCGGGCGGCAGACGCUGGUGGAACUGAUGAUACGUCCUGUUCAGAGACUACCCAGUGUAGCUCUCUUACUCAAUGAUAUUAAAAAGCAUACCUCGGAUGAUAAUCCUGAUAAAGUCACUCUGGAAAAGGCCAUAGAGUCCCUCAAAGAAGUUAUGACGCAUAUAAACGAAGACAAGAGAAAGACAGAAGGCCAGAAGCAGAUCUUUGAUGUGGUUUAUGAAGUGGAUGGCUGUCCCGCCAAUCUUUUGUCUUCUCAUCGGAGUCUGGUGCACAGAGUGGAGACCAUUGCUCUAGGAGACAAGCCCUGCGACCGGGGCGAACAUGUCACUCUAUUUCUCUUCAGCGACUGCCUGGAGAUUGCCAGGAAGAGGCAUAAGGUGAUCAGCACCUUUAAGAGUCCUCUGGGGCAGACACGGCCACCUGCUCAGCUCAAGCACAUCACCCUCAUGCCCCUGUCUCAGAUCCGCAGGGUGCUGGACCUGCGCGACACCGAGGACUGUCAGAAUGCCUUUGCCUUGGUCGUGCGGCCUCCUACUGAGCAGGAGAACCUCCUCUUUAGCUUCCAGCUCGCUGCUGAAGACACACUCAAGUCGACCUGGCUCAAGACUCUCUGCCGACAAGUGGCAAACACCAUAUGCAGGGCUGACGCGGAAGACCUAAUUCAGCGCACCGAUCCUGACACCCUUCAAGUGAGCACCAAGGACAUGGACAGCACGCUGAGUCGAGCCUCCAGGGCCAUCAAAAAGACAUCAAAGAAGGUAACCAGGGCAUUCUCCUUCACCAAAACCCCUAAGCGUGUGAUCCAGAGAGCUUUCAUGGCCAACAGUACCCCAGAUGACAAGAGUCCUGGCACAGGCCUUGAUCAUAUGGCUCGAAUGUCUAGCAGCUCCACACUGGCUAUGGCUCGCUCAGCCUCCACGUUCAGUCUGAGUGGCUGUAGUAAAAAUGCUGUAGUGCAGCGCUCCAAUUCUCUGGACAAUGCGCCUCGGCCCAGGCUCUCCGUGUGUGUACGUAGCCCAUGUGGCCCAGAGAACACUAACCAGCCUGCACCCUCAGAGUCCCAUCUCAAAGUGCCCGUGCAGAAAGCAUGCCCAGCUGCUCUGCAGGGCGCGAGGCCAUGCCGGGAUCUUGUGGUUUCCUUGGAGCAGCGCCGACUCCCUGGUUCCCCCCGCAGAGAGACUCUACUCUAGGUGUGCAUAUGAUGCUGUGCACUCGCCAUCGAUGGUCAAUCUGUCUUCUGCGUUCGAGAGGAAGUACCACACCUUCAGCCGAUCAACCACUCACCUGAUCUGAUGUGUAUGGUUUCCAUUCUUAGACUGAACAACACUAAAGAUUUUCUAUACAGUGGUACAGUGCUGCUCAGAUCACUGCUCUCCCACUCCCAAAUGAAGGAUCGUGCUCGUUAUGUUUUCCUAUGUAACUGUCAUAUUAUUUUGGGUAUUUUCAUCUAACUGACAUGUUAAUAACACGUGUUUUCAGGGUCUUUUUAAAUAAUAGAAAUAGAUUUUCACAUUAUUAACCAACGAAAGUAUUUCUUUAUGUAAUAUGGGCAAGCCUAUCUCAGCCACUUAAUUCUCCAGCUUUUAUAAAGCUACAUCUUUGAGUACUUUAAAUAUAAAUGGGUUACGAUUAGAGAAACAUCGGUAAGUCAUUGUAGUUAAACCAUUACUCGAAUUUCACAUAUUGUAAGUAUUUUUGUUUUUUUAUAUAUAUAUAUAAAUCGACUAGAUCGUUUGUUUUGAGCGGGCAAAAAAGUGGAGCUGCAAACAUAUUUAUUCUCUAGAAUAAAUUAAUUAUAUAUAUAUAUUAGUAUAUGUCAAUCUUAUAAAGUUGUCUUUGUUUGUAUUUAUGUGUAAAUAUGGUCCUUUUCUUGUUUGUGGUUGUGUCAUUCCUAUGUUUUUUUUCUUUCUUGAGUGUCACUAUAGUGGCUCUUCAAAACCGGUCCAAACACUUCCUGUGUUUCAUGCAAACUCCCCGUUUCUUUGCUGUACUGAAGUUCCAUAUUGUCUUUUGGUCUGUAAUGAUUUUUGGGAAUUGUUUUUAUGUUUCGCAUUACUCAUUUACUCGUUUCCAAUAAAAGACGAAUGUAGCUGA